GGAGACAUGGUGGAACUGAUGAGGUAGCUGAGUCAAAUGUUUACUUAGGUGGGUAAUGAAUAGUGCAAGAGCAUAGUAACAGAGAGGCUAAUACAAAGGAAACUUUAAAGAGAUGUUACGCUGGACAGCUUUGGCGUGGUCUUGUUUGCUGGUGUCAGAAAUGUAUGAAUUUAACUUAAUGGCAACUCCCCCUGAUGUCCAGCGUUCGGAAAAUCCGUACAGCCAACACAAAGUCACAUAUUCUAGGAGCUGCAAAGAAAUUCGUGACAACUAUGGCAUCACUCAAGAUGGCCUUUACUUCUUAACCUCCAGCAGUGGUGUCACUUACCAGACCUUCUGUGACAUGACCACCGCUGGUGGUGGCUGGACUCUGGUGGCCAGUGUCCAUGAGAACAACUUGUUUGGGAAGUGCACUGUGGGGGACCGCUGGUCCAGCCAGCAAGGAGACAACCCAAAUUUGCCUGAGGGAGAUGGCAGCUGGUCCAAUAAAGUCACCUUUGGCACAGCAGAGGCAGCAACUUCUGAUGACUUCAAGAAUCCAGGAUAUUAUGACAUAACUGCUGAGGAUGUGUCAAUAUGGCAUGUUCCCAACAACUCUCCUGUGAAUCAGUGGAAUAUGGCCGCCAUUCUGAGAUACCACACUUCAAGGAAAUUCUUAACACUUCAUGGAGGAAACCUUUACAACUUGUUCAAGAGCUAUCCUGUUAAAUACAAAGCUGGUGUCUGCAACAUCGACAAAGGACCAGUCAUUCCCAUUGAGUAUGAUUUUGGAAGCGAUGAAUCUGUCACUAACCUGUAUGGCCCGGCCCUCAACACUGAGUUUGAGCCAGGAUUCAUCUCAUUCAGAGUUUUCAACCACGAACAAGCUGCCAUGGCAAUAUGCUCUGGAGUCAAAGCUACUGGAUGCCACCUUGAACAUAUCUGUGUUGGAGGGGGUGGCCACUUCCCAGAGGGAGGGGGAAGACAAUGUGGAGAUUUCACAGCCUUUGACUGGGAUGGCUAUGGAACUCGCACUGGAGCAAGUGCAUCAAAGGAAGUGACAGAGGCUGCCAUGCUGAUCUUUUACCGCUAAGUCAAAGAUCUCAAAAAGAUUGAAACUUCCAUAUCUAGGUCAAUGUUUAUGGGUGACACUACAGACUAUUUUAUAGUGAUGCAUCUUUUUUGCACCUUGUCUGUCUUUUUAUUAACUGAUUCAAAUUUGAAUAAUCAAACUCUGUGGCUGCAUCACAUUUUUGUUGAUUGUUAUCACAUUUCAUUAUCCUAA